AUGCGUACAGCGGUGGAUCGGCGCAACCAAGCUACGUAACUUGAUCUCAAUCGCAUUUGUAAUUUCGUUUAUAUUUACAUACAAACAAGACAAAGGGAACAUCGUAACCUUGCAACUUUUACCCUAAUCCGAGCAUGGUGUUAAAUGUCUGCGCUAGGCUGUCGAGGAGCAUUCCCCGCGUUUUAGCGAGCAGAAAUGUUAUUUCUGUCACAAGACCGCUGGCAGCGGGUUCACGCUGGACACAUUUACGAUGCUUACAGCAUACCCGUGUUAUACGUUACGAGGGUGGCUUAUUGCGACAUUUCAGCUCAUUGAGCAAGCCUUCAAUAGACGUGUCCUACGAGCAGCUGAAGAAGCUGCUGGUGGCCCGGUCCGGUGUGGUUAUAGACGUCCGUGAGCCGUGGGAACUCAGGGAGUACGGGAAUAUACCGGGAUCCAUUAACGUGCCCUUGGCACAGGUGAAUGGAUCUCUCCAGCUUAGUCCAGAGGAGUUCAAGGAGAAGUAUGGUGGAGACAUGCCAUCACCCUCCCAGAAUAUUGUUUUUACCUGCCUAGCUGGUGUAAGAAGCAAAACAGCACUGGAUGCUGCAGUGUCUUUAGGUUACACCAAUGUCCAGCAUUACCCCGGCGGAUGGAAAGACUGGGCAGAACGUGAACUAAUACAAACCAAAGAGUGACCAUUGCCAUGGUAACACUGUGAAAGCAAUGCAGUUGUAUUACAAUCUGAUUUAAGCCAUUGACACUGAAUCAGAAUGUGCCACCAAGACAGAGGAAUUUAAUGGUUUUGACCGAAUGUAAUUGUGUGGUUAAAUUUUAAGCCCGAAAAGAUGCACUGUUAUAUGAUAUGAGUAGUGUGCAUUCACAUGAAAUGGAAAUUCAGAGGUUCACGAUGUGUCUAAUUAUGACUGAUAUGCAUUGGCUAUUGGCUUAUAACUAAUAAUAUAUUUGAGCAGAAAAUCCAAAUAUUAUGUCAGAGAAUUGUUUUUAUAUUCUUGAAAAUAAAACAUUGAUGCUC